UGUUGAGGAGGAGGAGAGAGUCUGAGAGGAACAGCUUAAGACGGUGAGAACUGGAGACAGUUGAGAGCCCACAGUGUGAGCAGCCAGAGCGGGAACAAAGGACACAGAAACUACAGACCUGAAGUAACCAUCAGCAUUCAGCAGAAAUGACGUCACUGUGCGCGAACCUGGCUACACUUCUCCUUUUCCUCUCGCCUCUCAUGCACUCCCACCACUUCAUCCACGCUGCCUCGACUUCCCCGCCACUCACUCGUCCACGGAUCAUUUUCAUAAAUGGCUUGGGCUCAGACGAUGACUAUGAAGAUGACUAUAAUGACAACCACAGUCCUCCUCCGAAGGUGCUGUCCUCCAUGAGGACUCCCCUUCUUCGCCGAGAACCUCAGCUCUGCCAGUAUGACUCCUGCUCAGAGAAUCAGGAGCCCUGUGCCCUUCUCUCAGAAGCGACUGGAUGCCUUUGUCCUGGUGUGAGUGGACCUGAUGAGCUUCCACACGCGCCACGCAUUGAAACACUGCUGCCUGUCAGUCAAGGGAAUGACAAAGGGAAGAUCGAGGUGCAGUGGUGCGCUCCAUCUUCAGUGGUGUCUUUUUACAGAGUGGUGGUCGAGGGACACGAUGGUAACUUUCUGGAAUAUGGGAAUGCUUUGCGGCGAGGUGUGGUGGGAUCUUUGGAGGUUGGGACCAAGGUGUGCGUGGAGGCUGUGAAUGACGCAGGACAAAGCACCGCCUCAGAAUUCUCAUGCAAGCGGUAUGAAGCUCCUGAAUCUUCAGACCAAAAACUGUUGGCCUGGGUCAUAGGAGGAGGAGUCGUCCUCCUUCUACUUUUUGUCAUAGCAGCUGUGAUUCUCUGGAAAUGUCGAAUAUGUCGAAAGGCAAAGAGAGACUCUGCUGAUGGAUUAGGGAACCCUUCUUACAGCACAGAGGGAACGCUGUGAUCAACAAAUGCAAUCCAUCCCAGUCACACUGAACCAGCUCCUUGAUACGGAGCACAGCAGGAUCAAAAACAAAAGCCUAACAAUUCUGGAGUGGUACUGUCAUUGUUUAUGGAAUUAGGAAGUUGAAUAAAUUCCUGGUUCAAGGAAUCUGUAAACGUAAUGGUACAAAGAGCAGUGAUACUCAUGGAAUAACUAACAAAAGAUUAACUGUGUUAUUUUGGGAUUAAAACUGCAGAAUUACUAUUUGCUGGCAAAUAAAACUCUGUAGAAUAUUGUAGUGUUUUUUUUAUUAUUCUGUCAUGACUGAAUUAAAUUGUACAUAUUAAUUUUUAGGAUAUGGGUACUGACUUUGUUAUUUUGUAAUAAAAUUAUUUUAAUAAAUUCUGUGUAAAUGUC